AUGAUGGAGGUAGAGAACAACAAGAAAGAUUUAGAGCUGAAGCACUUAAGGUUUGUGAGGAUAGCUGCGAUUCAGGUUUUGGUUUGCGUUUCCAAUCUUUACGAUUAUGCGAAACGCAACUCCGGGCCUUUGAGAUCUGCUGUUGGAACUGUUGAUGGUACUGUUACUGCUGUGGUGGGUCCUGUUUAUGAGAAAUUCAAGGGCGUCCCUGAUCAUCUCCUUGUCUUUCUUGAUCACAAGGUAGAUGAAGCAACAAUUAAGUUUGAUAAGCAUGCUCCACCAGUUGCUAAGCAAGUUGUGAGCCAAGCACGCAAUUUGAUAAAAAGUGCGUCAGAAAAGGCGAAAGUGCUUGCAAAUGAAUUUCAAGCUGGAGGACCACGAGCUGCUGUUUAUUAUGUAGCUACAGAGUCUAAGCAUUUAUUCCUCACUGAAUCUGUGAAGGUGUGGGUUAAACUCGACCAGUAUCCUUCCAUACACAGAGUUGGAGAGGUGGCUGUUCCCGCAGCUACGAGUUUGGCACAGAAGUACAACCAUUUUGUUAAGGAUAUGAACCAGAGGGGUUAUGCAGUGUUUGGAUACCUGCCUUUGGUUCCAAUUGAUGAGAUCUCGAAGGAAUUCAAGCAAGAAGGUGACGCAGAGAAGAAAGAAGAUGCAACUGUACGUAAAGAAGGUUCGGAUUCAUCGGACUCUGAUUAA